AGGGACGGGACUGCCUUUGUUUUUGCCACGUGGUGUUUUACGUCAUCACUUCGCGCCCGUCUGAGACUCAGCGGCAUGUAAACACAGAUGAGCGCCAUGGAUCAAACUGCUCUAGACCUUGUUAAGGUCCAUGGGGGUGGAGGGUAUGACUCAGAUUUCAGUGAUGAUGAUGGUGGUGGAGGGCAGUCCAAAAAUGGUGAGAAUAGGGCAGCUAAAGACGAGCUGUUACAGAAGCCAUUCCAGAAAGGAAAACACACCAAGGUGGCCCAUACAAAUGUUGCUGCCCAUGAAUGGGACAGAGAGGAAGCCAGAAAUCGACGGCAACACCUGAUAUCAAUGAAUGCUUUUGAACGUCACAAGAAGUUUGUCAGCGACUACGUUCUGUACUAUGGAGGAAAGAUCGAGGAGUUCAGACGAUCCAUGUCUAAAGACAAGACAGAUCUGGAUGUGGUGAGAGAGAACCACCGUUUCCUGUGGAGAGAGGAGGAUGAGGAGGAUAUGACAUGGGAGAAAGAACUUGCGAAGAAAUACUACGAUAAGCUCUUCAAGGAAUACUGUAUUGCUGACCUCAGCAGAUACAAAGAAAAUAAGUUUGGAUUUCGGUGGCGCAUCGAAAAUGAAGUAAUAUCUGGAAAAGGCCAGUUCCUCUGCGGAAACAAGCGCUGUGAGAAUAAGGAGGGUCUGAAGAGCUGGGAGGUGAAUUUCGCCUAUGUGGAGCGGGGGGAGAAGAGGAACGCCCUGGUGAAGCUGCGUCUGUGUCCAGAGUGUUCCUUCAAACUGAACUAUCAUCACAAGAGAAAGGAAGUAACAGUGAAGAAGAGACGGCGAUCGAAAGAAAACGUGGACAAGUCACUCUCAAAGAAAUCCAAAUCAUCUAGAAAGCACAAGUGCAAAGACAAACACAAAAAGAGGCGCAAAGAAUACUCAUCUUCAAGUUCAGAGGAGUCCCAGGGUUCAGAUAAAGAUGCAGAGAGUGAAGAAGAGGAAGAGGAAGAGGGUCCUUCAGAGUCAGAGCACUGGAGGGGUCCAGCACCCACUGUGGAGGAGAAGUCACGGGAGGAAGAGUUUGACGAGUAUUUUGAAGACAUGUUUCUCUGAGUCGAGGAAAGGAAGAUCCAAAAGAAUCUAAUGCCUACUGUUUUCUUUUCAUACCGGUUAGCUUUGUUUUUGAGAAAUAUAAUUUGAUUACAAUUUGGUGAUUAGCAUUUACAUUUUUUGUAAUAAUUUCUACUGGGUCUCAUUCAAGCAUAAAAAUUUGCAUGUGAAGAAUUUUAUACAUGUGUUUUGUUUGUUUGUAGGCCUUAAAAAAAAAAAAAAAAAUAUAUAUAUAUAUAUAUAUAUAUAUAUAUAUAUAUAUAUAUAUAUAUAAAUUAUACAAAAUUAAUUGUGUGUAUAUAUAUAAAUGUGUGUGUACAUGCAACAACUGUUAUAAUAGUUUUAUGACUGAUUUGUUUUGAUAUUUGUCCGGCUCAUUUUUUUAUGAAUACGGCCUGCUGUGUUUAUCAGUAUAAGUGUUUGUUUACUUUUAAAGCUUAGUGAGCUCAGAUAAUUAUCAUGAAGAGAUGCUGUAAGUACGGCAGUCAAUAACAAUAUUUUAGGAAACCAUAGUUACUUAACAAGCUACUGAGUUUACAGUCAGACCCUAUCAAUAAUCUGACCCAUUGAAUGUUGACAGACAUGCUGUUGUCCCUUAUGCCUUGAAAUCACCAAUGCAUUAGGUCUUUCUAUUAUAAAACAGAUAGUUCGG